AUGCAAAAGAUUAUGCAUAUAUCUGUCCUCCUUUCUCCUGUUUUGUGGGGACUGAUUUUUGGUGUCUCUUCUAACAGCAUACAGAUAGGGGGGCUGUUUCCCAGGGGCGCCGAUCAGGAAUACAGUGCAUUUCGUGUAGGGAUGGUUCAGUUUUCCACUUCGGAGUUCAGACUGACACCCCACAUCGACAAUUUGGAGGUAGCCAACAGCUUCGCAGUCACCAACGCCUUCUGCUCCCAGUUUUCAAGAGGAGUCUAUGCUAUUUUUGGAUUUUAUGACAAGAAGUCAGUAAACACCAUCACAUCAUUUUGUGGCACGCUCCAUGUGUCCUUCAUCACUCCCAGCUUCCCAACAGAUGGCACCCAUCCAUUUGUCAUUCAGAUGCGACCAGACCUCAAAGGAGCUCUCCUCAGCUUGAUUGAGUACUACCAGUGGGACAAGUUUGCCUACCUCUACGACAGUGACAGAGGCUUGUCCACUCUGCAGGCCGUGCUGGAUUCUGCCGCCGAGAAGAAGUGGCAAGUGACUGCCAUCAAUGUGGGCAACAUUAACAACGACAAGAAAGAUGAGACCUACCGCUCCCUCUUCCAGGAUCUGGAGCUAAAAAAGGAGCGGCGUGUCAUCCUGGACUGUGAGCGGGACAAAGUCAACGACAUCGUAGACCAGGUUAUUACCAUUGGAAAACAUGUUAAAGGGUACCAUUACAUCAUUGCAAAUCUGGGAUUUACUGAUGGAGACUUAUUAAAAAUUCAGUUUGGAGGAGCAAAUGUCUCUGGAUUUCAGAUAGUGGACUAUGAUGAUUCUCUGGUAUCUAAGUUUAUAGAAAGAUGGUCAACACUAGAAGAAAAAGAAUACCCUGGAGCACACACGACUACAAUUAAGUAUACUUCUGCUCUGACAUAUGACGCUGUUCAAGUGAUGACCGAAGCUUUUCGAAACCUGCGGAAGCAGAGAAUUGAAAUCUCCAGAAGGGGAAAUGCAGGAGACUGUCUGGCAAACCCAGCGGUGCCCUGGGGACAAGGUGUAGAAAUAGAAAGGGCCCUCAAACAGGUGCAGGUCGAAGGUCUUUCAGGAAAUAUCAAGUUUGACCAGAAUGGAAAAAGGAUAAAUUACACAAUUAACAUCAUGGAGCUUAAAACGAAUGGGCCCCGGAAGAUCGGAUACUGGAGCGAAGUUGACAAAAUGGUUGUUACCCUUACUGAACUCCCUUCUGGAAAUGAUACCUCUGGGCUUGAGAAUAAGACUGUUGUUGUCACUACUAUUUUGGAAUCCCCCUAUGUUAUGAUGAAGAAAAAUCAUGAGAUGCUUGAAGGCAAUGAGCGAUAUGAGGGCUAUUGUGUUGACUUGGCUGCAGAAAUCGCCAAACAUUGUGGGUUCAAAUACAAGUUGACCAUUGUUGGGGAUGGCAAGUAUGGGGCCAGGGAUGCAGACACGAAAAUUUGGAAUGGGAUGGUUGGAGAACUUGUAUAUGGGAAAGCUGAUAUUGCAAUCGCUCCGUUAACCAUCACCCUUGUGAGAGAGGAGGUGAUCGAUUUCUCAAAGCCCUUUAUGAGCCUCGGGAUCUCUAUCAUGAUCAAGAAGCCUCAGAAGUCCAAACCAGGAGUGUUUUCAUUUCUUGAUCCUUUAGCCUAUGAGAUCUGGAUGUGCAUUGUUUUUGCCUACAUUGGGGUCAGUGUAGUUUUAUUCCUGGUCAGCAGAUUUAGCCCCUACGAGUGGCACACUGAGGAAUUUGAAGAUGGAAGAGAAACACAAAGUAGUGAAUCAACUAAUGAAUUUGGGAUUUUUAAUAGUCUCUGGUUUUCCUUGGGUGCCUUUAUGCAGCAAGGAUGCGAUAUUUCGCCAAGAUCCCUGUCUGGGCGCAUUGUUGGAGGAGUGUGGUGGUUCUUUACCCUGAUCAUAAUCUCCUCCUACACGGCUAACCUAGCUGCCUUCCUGACUGUAGAGAGGAUGGUGUCUCCCAUCGAAAGUGCCGAGGAUCUUUCUAAGCAAACAGAAAUUGCUUAUGGGACAUUAGACUCUGGCUCCACCAAGGAAUUUUUCAGGAGAUCUAAAAUUGCAGUGUUUGAUAAAAUGUGGACCUACAUGAGAAGUGCAGAACCCUCGGUGUUUGUGAGGACUACAGCCGAAGGGGUGGCCAGAGUGCGGAAGUCCAAAGGGAAAUACGCCUACUUGCUGGAAUCCACCAUGAACGAAUACAUCGAACAAAGGAAGCCUUGUGACACCAUGAAAGUUGGUGGGAACCUGGAUUCCAAAGGCUAUGGCAUCGCUACACCUAAAGGAUCCUCAUUAAGAAAUGCGGUUAACCUCGCAGUACUAAAACUGAAUGAACAAGGCCUGUUGGACAAAUUGAAAAACAAAUGGUGGUACGACAAAGGAGAGUGCGGCAGCGGGGGAGGUGAUUCCAAGGAAAAGACCAGUGCCCUCAGUCUGAGCAACGUGGCUGGCGUAUUCUACAUCCUUGUCGGGGGCCUUGGCUUGGCCAUGCUGGUGGCUUUGAUUGAGUUCUGUUACAAGUCAAGGGCCGAGGCGAAGCGAAUGAAGAUGACCUUGAACGAUGCCCUGAGGAGUGAAGCGAGGCUGUCAAUUACAGGAAGUACUGGAGAAAAUGGACGUGUUAUGACUCCAGAAUUUCCAAAAGCAGUGCAUGCUGUCCCUUACGUGAGUCCUGGCAUGAGAAUGAAUGUCAGUGUGACUGAUCUCUCGUGA